AGGCGCAUCUGCGCAGGCGCCCGGCUCCUAAGUCUACCCAGUAGCUGACCCUGCUCUCUCUUUUCCCCGUUAGACAUGGGCACUCCACAGAAGGAUGUUAUUAUCAAGUCAGAUGCACCAGACACUCUGUUAUUGGAGAAACAUGCAGAUUAUAUUGCAUCCUAUGGCUCAAAGAAAGAUGAUUAUGAAUACUGUAUGUCUGAGUAUUUGAGAAUGAGUGGCAUCUAUUGGGGUCUGACAGUAAUGGAUCUCAUGGGACAACUUCAUCGUAUGAAUAGAGAAGAGAUUCUGGCAUUUAUUAAGUCUUGCCAACAUGAAUGCGGUGGAAUAAGUGCUAGUAUUGGACAUGAUCCUCAUCUUUUAUACACUCUUAGUGCUGUCCAGAUUCUUACGCUGUAUGACAGUAUUAAUGUUAUCGACGUAAAUAAAGUUGUGGAAUAUGUUAAAGGUCUACAGAAAGAAGAUGGUUCUUUUGCUGGAGAUAUUUGGGGAGAAAUUGACACAAGAUUCUCUUUUUGUGCCGUGGCAACUUUGGCUUUGUUGGGGAAGCUUGAUGCUAUUAAUGUGGAAAAGGCAAUCGAAUUUGUUUUAUCCUGUAUGAACUUUGACGGUGGAUUUGGUUGCAGACCAGGUUCUGAAUCCCAUGCCGGGCAGAUCUAUUGUUGCACAGGAUUUCUGGCUAUUACAAGUCAGUUGCAUCAAGUAAAUUCUGAUUUACUUGGCUGGUGGCUUUGUGAGCGACAGUUACCCUCAGGCGGGCUCAAUGGAAGGCCGGAGAAGUUACCAGAUGUAUGCUAUUCAUGGUGGGUCCUGGCUUCCCUAAAGAUAAUUGGAAGACUUCACUGGAUUGAUAGAGAGAAACUGCGUAAUUUCAUCUUAGCAUGUCAAGAUGAAGAAACGGGGGGAUUUGCAGACAGGCCAGGAGAUAUGGUGGAUCCUUUUCAUACCUUAUUUGGAAUUGCUGGAUUGUCACUUUUGGGAGAAGAACAGAUUAAACCUGUUAAUCCUGUCUUUUGCAUGCCUGAAGAAGUGCUUCAGAGAGUGAACGUUCAGCCUGAGCUAGUGAGCUAGAUUCACUGAAGUGAAAGUUGCAUAGUAUAGUUUUGCCAUUUUAACAUUUCUGUAUUUGAAGUGCUUAUCGAAUCUAAAAAUGACUACUGUUAAUAUUUUGUAUAUUGUGUUAAAUUAAUUUUAAUAAAUUAUAUAAUUAUACAUAUUGUAAAAUAAAGACCGGUAUUUUAUUUUCUGCUUUUUAUUCUGAAGUCCUGUUAUUCUGACUACAGUUCUUUGUGUAUAUUUCUGUGUCUGUUAUGUUCAAUAACUGAGCUAACGUAAAAGAACUCUAGGUUUCUACUUGAUUUUUUCCCCCAUGUAUAUCUUUCAUGUGUUCUAUAGCAAGUUGAUGUAAAAUGGUUUGUCAACAAGAAUGUUAACUGAUGGAAGUGGAUAGAACUCAUACAUGAAUUAAAUGAUGCACAAAAUAAAUGGCUGUUGAAAUUUGGAAA